GUUUCUAUCAGCACGCACUGCCACUAUCCCCAGUAGCAGCUAUUAAACCAGCUCACACACAUCCCACCCAGAAAAAACUGAAAAGCACAGCAGCUCCCCUGCACGGCGUACUGCUCCAUUCCUCCUCCUCCUCCUCCUUCAAUGCCGCCCGCCGUUCAAACCUCCCAUCUAAUAACUGCGCCGCACCCGUACUAGGUACGAGUAGACUUCAAGUGCUCGUCCACCACCAUGCCACUCCACUCCCACGUCCGCCGCCUCGUGCUCUUGCUGCUAGUUCUUUCCACUACGUUUCCCGACCCUGUCUCCUCUUCUUGCGCCGGCGGCGUCCGGGACGACGCGGCGAUCGUCGCGGCCGCGUUCCGCUACGUGCGCAACUUCCGGCCGCAGGGCGUGCCGGCAUGCAGGCCCGUCCGGGAGCUGCGCCUCCCGUCGCGGAACCUCACGGGCGCCGUGGCGUGGGCGGCGCUCGCGAACCUGUCCGCCCUCGCCGCGCUCGACCUCUCCGGGAACGCGCUCCAGGGCGCCAUCCCCGGCGGCUUCUGGCGCGCGCCGGCGCUCCGCGCCGUCGAUGUGUCGGGGAACCAGCUCGGCGGCUCGCUGCGGGUGGAGCCGAACCCGCGGCUGCAGUCCCUCAACGUGUCCGGCAACCGCUUCACCGUCGUCGCGGGGGUGGACGGCCUCCCGGGGCUCGACGCCCUCGACGUGUCGGCGAACAGGAUCCGCGCGGUGCCGCAGGGGCUGAGGCGGCUGACGCGAUUGCGCCGGCUCGACCUCUCCCGGAACGCGAUGCGCGGGAGGUUCCCCGGCGACCUGCCCCCGCUCGACGGGGUCCGUUUCUUGAACGUCUCGUACAACAACCUGUCCGGCGCGGUGAACGCCAGCGCCGUGAAGAAGUUCGGGCCCUCGGCGUUCAUCCACGCCGGCAAUGCUUCAUUAGUGUUCUCAAAAGACUCCCCUGCGCGGCCUCAUCCACCGCCUCCGCCGCCACGAGGAACAAGUGCAAAGAAGGCUCAUCCCGCGAGGACGGCGAAGAGCACGGCAACGAAAACGAAAAGAAAGAAGCAUCUGGGCGUGGUCGCCGUGGCGAUUGUGUGCGGGGUGGCGUCGGUGGUCGUCCUGCUCUGCUUGGUCGGAUCCGUGGCGUGCGGGGUGGUGAGGUGCAGGAAGAGGAAGAACGGAGACAAGGAGGCGGAGGAGAAGAAGGUGCAGUGGGGUGAGAAGGAAGAAGACGAGGUGGUUGUGGCGGCGGCGACAUCAAAGGGGGCAUCGGCCGCGCCGGUGGUGCUCUUCGAGCGGCCGCUCAUGGAGCUGACGCUCGCCGACCUCGCCGCGGCCACUUCCGGUUUCGGCCGCGAAUCCCAGCUCGCGGAGCGCGGUGGCCGCAGCGGCGCCGCGUACCGCGCCGUUCUGCCCGGGGACCUGCACGUCGUCGUGCGCGUCGUGGAGGGCGCCAUGGCCGGGGUCGGGGAGGACGACAACCCGGCCGCCGCGGCCGCGGCGUUCCGUGAACUCGCGCGGCUCCGGCACCCCAACAUCCUUCCGCUCCUUGGAUACUGCAUUGCAGGGAGGGAGAAGCUGCUGCUAUACGAGUACAUGGAGAAAGGCGACCUCCACCGGUGGCUCCACGAGCUGCCGGCGGGGCGGCCGGACAUGGACGACGCCGGCGGGGACAUCUGGGAGGCGGCGGAGGACAAGCGGUCGAUAUCCGACUGGCCGACGCGGCACCGCAUCGCGCUAGGCGUCGCCCGGGGCCUGGCGUUCCUGCACCAAGGGUGGGCCGGGUCAUGCCGGGCGACGGUGCACGGCCACCUCGUCCCGACCAACGUCCUCCUCAGCGACGACCUGGAGCCCCGGAUAUCCGACUUCGGGCACCUCGGCGGCGGCGGCGGCGAGGACGACGACGCGACGCCGGAGGCGGACGUGUACGGGUUCGGCGCGCUGGUGCUGGAGCUGAUGACGGGGCAGGCGAGGUGGGACGAGGCGUCGGUGAGCUGGGCGCGCGGGCUCAUCCGCGACGGCAAGGGGCUGGACAUGGUGGACCCGCGGGUGCACGGCGGCGAGGCGGCGGAGCGGGAGAUGGUGGAGUGCCUGCGGGUGGGGUACCUGUGCACGGCGCACUCGCCGGACAAGCGGCCGACGAUGCAGCAGGUGGUGGGCGUGCUCAAGGACAUCCGGCCUCGUGCGCUCGACGGCGGUGGCGACGCGUGAUCAUGCCAUGCAUGCACUGCCAGUGCGCUGCGUGUGAACUGCGCGCGUGCGUGCGUGGCUUGAACUGCCAGCCACCAGCACAUGCCCUCGCUCGAGUGCACCAUACACGUCACGGCUUUUCCUUUUUUCUACUGUAAUAAUCGGUAGGCCUCGUACGAUGUGCAGUAGCAGUGACAAUUCCGUCGCAGGGAACAUUUGAUUUCAGACCA